AUGACAUCCCUCAUUGGGACCACCCUCUCCCUUCCCCCCAAUCCAGUCUCCCUGCGCCUCAUCUCCUCCAACCCAGCGCUCAACAACAAGCCCAUAGUCGCCAAUCCCUCAAAACGACUUGGCAUCUAUACCAACACCACGCGCCCGUGCGCGAAAAAGAACAUCUCCAAAUCAUCCUCCACAACCGGAGGCCUCUACCAAAUCCAAUGUGCCUCCGACCCAGACACUUUCGUCGCCGCGCGUGGAGUCAGCGGCGGUAGCGCAUGCUGGCUAGAGCUUUAUCCGCGCGAUGACAACGGCGCAAUUGGAGUAAUGACGGACCGGUAUAGUUUCACCGUUGCAGAAGAGACGGGCACGGAGAUAGUGGCUUCGGCAAGGAAAAGUUUGUUGGGGUAUAAGAUGGCGGGAUAUGAGGAGAGGAGGUGGGUUGCGGUUCCCGUAGAUGGGAAGCAGGGUGACUGGGACAUUUAUUGGUGGAAUGGGAAUUGGAAGCAUUGGGAUCAAUGGGGAACUAGUCAUAAUGAAACAAUGGUUGAGGUGCAGAUAGAAAUCGUACGGGAUUGA